GCGAGUUUGGGCUUGCGGAGAAGAUGGAGUAUCCUGCGUUGGUCAUGGUGGAGGCCAUGGACAGCAGAGGGGCCCGGCCAUACAACAGCUCGGAGGAGCGGGAGGGCCGGGAACCGGACGGGCUGCGCUUCGACCGCGAAAGGGCGUGCCGCCUGUGGGAAGCAGUGUCCGGGGCUCAACCAGUGGGGAGGGAGGAAGUGGAGCACAUGAUCCAGAAGAACCAAUGUCUCUUCACCAACACCCAGUGUAAGGUUUGCUGCGCCUUGCUCAUUUCAGAAUCUCAGAAGCUGGCACACUACCAGAGCAAAAAACAUGCCAACAAAGUGAAGAGAUACCUAGCAAUCCAUGGAAUGGAGACAUUAAAGGGGGAAACGAAGAAGCUAGAUUCAGAUCAGAAGAGCAGCAGAAGCAAAGACAAGAACCAGUGCUGCCCCAUCUGUAACAUGACCUUUUCCUCCCCUGUUGUGGCCCAGUCGCACUACCUGGGGAAGACCCACGCAAAGAACUUAAAGCUGAAGCAGCAAUCCACUAAGGUGGAAGCUCUGUCGAAACGCCUUACAAACCCUUUCCUUGUGGCCUCCACCUUAGCCUUGCACCAGAAUAGAGAGAUGAUAGACCCAGACAAGUUCUGCAGCCUCUGCCACGCGACUUUCAACGAUCCUGUCAUGGCUCAACAACAUUACGUGGGCAAGAAACACAGGAAACAGGAGACCAAACUCAAACUCAUGGCACAUUAUGGGCGACUGGCAGACCCUGCUAUCACCGACUCAUCAGCCGGGAAGGGCUACCCAUGCAAGACAUGUAAGAUAGUGCUGAACUCCAUAGAACAGUACCAAGCUCAUGUCAGCGGCUUCAAACACAAGAACCAAUACAGGAUACAUUUAGAAUGUGUGCCAAUUUUUAGAGUACAAUUGAUGAGUCAUCCUCACAUGUGUAUUCAUCUGGGCAGUCACCCUCCAGCAAGAUACAGAACAUUGCCAGCUCCCCAAAAGAUUCCCUUGUUUCCCUUUCUGGUCAGUAUCCUCCUGAAGUAAACACUAUUUUGACUU